AUGAAGGCCUUCGCGGAGGCAGGGCAGAAGGUGGUUGAGUCGAUGCGGUCCAACUCGCGAGAGAACACCACCGUGGUCACCACCAUCAGCGCCAAUGGUGCCACGUGGGCGCCAACCAUUAUCUUCAAAGGACAGCGACUCCAGCCUGACUGGUUCGCCGAGAGGAACGGCCCGAAGGAUGCGAGCUUGACGACCAAGGCGUGCUCGACGGAAAGCCGCACACACAUCCUCGUGCUUGAUGGGCAUGCCUCACACAUGAGCUACGAGCUGCCCUCCCACACGUCGCACAUCACCCAGCCGUUGGACGUCGUCGCUUUCGGAACCUUCAAGAAGGAGGUGACUAAAGUGCUGCAAGACUUCUACCACGCAAACGAUGGGUUGUUACCGCUGAAGCGUGACGUGCCCGGCGUGAUCGCAGCGGCUUGGCAAAAGAGUUUUACACCGGAGCGGAACAAAGCAUCCUUCGGCGGGGCGGGGCUGUGGCCUGUGGACAUGGAUCGAGCGCUGACCCGGCUUCAGGGCACGGCGAAGAGGAAAGAGAGGCCGACCGGGCGCCCACCCCUAGAGGAUGUCCCCAUCGCCAUGACCCACGAGCAGCUGGAAGAGGCCAUCGGAGAGAGGUGCCUGAGGCAGUUGAAGGCGGGAGGACAUACUAUUACCGGACUCAAGGUAGGCACGGUGAUGCUCGGCGGUCUCCUGACUCAGAGGAAGCGCGCCAAGAAACUGGCAACCUCGCGGGGCUCUUUGGGCCUUCCCCACGGAGGCAACAUCAACUCGGAAGAAUUCCUGGCAAAGGUUGAUUGACGCAAAGGAACGCGCAGGCAAGGCAGAGGCCGAGGCGAAAGCGGAGAGGGGCAGGGAGCGCGAAAGGAAGAAGGAAGAGGCGGCCGCGGCGGCGGCGGCGCGGGCAU